AUGGAGAAGCGCCUAGAUGAGGCCAACAACAUGCUGGAUCUGAUGGUUAGCAAAGGAUGCAAUCCUGAUUGCGUGACUUAUAAUACCAUUAUAAAUGGAUAUUGUAAGGCUAAACGGGUCGAGGAUGGUCUUAAACUCUUCCGGAAAAUGUCUAUAAGAGAAGUGGUCACUUAUAACACUCUGGUGCAAGGGUUUUCUCAAGCGGGGAAAGUCGAGGUUGCUCAAGAAACUUUCGAGGAGAUGGUUUCUCAAGGUGUUCAUCCUGAUAAUGUGACUUAUAACAUUUUGGUAGAUGGGUUAUGUGAGAAUGGAAAACUAGACAAGGCAAUACAAAUAUUUGAGGAUCUGCAGAUGAGUAAGAUGGAACUUGAUAUUGUUAUAUAUAACAUCAUCAUCCAUGGGAUGUGCAAUGGUAGUAAGGUAGACGAUGCUUGGAACUUAUUUAGUAGUCUUCCUCAUAAAGGAGUGAAGGCUGAUGUCAAAACAUAUACUAUAAUGAUUGGAGGAUUAUGUAAGAAAGGGUCACUGUCUGAAGCGGAUAUGUUGUUUAAAAAGAUGGGAGAGGAUGGGAUUGCCCCAAAUGAGUGUACAUACAACACAAUAAUCCGAGCUCAUUUAGGAGAAGAAAUGAAGAGGUGUGGGUUCUCUGCAGAUGCUUCCACCAUGAAGAUGGUUAUUGAUAUGUUAUCAAAUGGUAGAUUGGACAAAAGCUUUUUGAGUAUGCUUUCUUGA